CCACUUAUUUGACACAUGUCAGACAUUUACAAAUACCAUCCUAAUUUAGUAAGGAUUUUUUAACAAAAUUAAAAAUCGAAUAUAAACUUUGCUAUGAAAGAAUUUAAAUGUAUGAGAUGUAUAACAAGUUCAUGACAAAUGGGCCAAUAUAAUGGCUGCUAAAGAUCAAAACGAGUUUGUGGAAAUAGAUAAUUGGGAAGAUAUUGAUGAGACUGAUGUUUUAGAAAAGAAAGUUAACAAUUUAAUCAUGCCCAGUCUUGAAGAUUCUAGUUUAAACGGAAAUAUAGAGAAGGGUCCAAUCAAGGUAACUCUUGCAAGUGACGAUGCCUUAAGAUCUCAAUAUGCACCCAUUGAACCUACCGUGAAGAUUUUAAAGAGACCUGUCAAAGGUGCACAAAAUACUACUGAUAUUAAGAAAAUUGUACCUAAAAAGACAUUGCAACAACGAGAACAAGAAUAUGCUGAAGCUCGAUUGAGAAUUUUAGGUGAAGCUAGUUCAGAAAAACCAGAAGAAAGGAUAAGUAUAGUUAAAACAAGACCAGAAAUUGAUAAUGUAGUGAGAUCACCAAGAGGUCCUGAUGGUACAAGAGGCUUUAAUAUCCGUAGGUAGUACUAAGAAUAGUAAAUUGUUUUUAAUUAAUAAUGGGUCACUUUAGUUACAUGCUUUGUACGAACUUAUCUCCAAUUUUUUAUACGGUUUAGAUAAUUCACAUUUCUUUGUGAAAAAGAACUUUGUUGUGUUACGUGAAAUGCCUUUAAAAGUGCCUACGCCUUUUAUAAAAUCAAAUUAAGGAAAAGAGAUCCUCAAAAGAUAUUUGUUUAAAGCUUGUAAGUAAAGGACAUUUUCCUUACUGAGUUAAGUAAGAAACACUUAUUUUAAAAUUUUUAUUACGCAUUUGAGCUUUUUUUGAUGAUUAUGUUUAAUUCUCAUGCAAUGUAGUUUUAGGUAAUAUUUAUCCAGAUUUUGUAUUGUAUAUUUUUAAGGAUUACUUUUAGUUUAAUGUUAUUUCUUUUCACUAUUGCAUUUUUUUAAAACUACUAAUCAAACUGCUCAGAUUAAUAGACAUUUUAAAUGUUAAUAUAAUAGGAUUCCCAUUAUAUAUACAUUAAUAACUUUAGGUAUUUAAAUUUUUGCACUGUACAUUAUUGAUAAUAAAAUUCUUAUAAAUUAUUUUUGUAAAAAUUGUAAAUUUAAAGACAUUAUUUUUUAAAGUGCUCAUUAUAUAAUAAUACUGUCAAGAAAACAGUAAUGAUAAGACUUGAUAAAGCACCAAUAACAGUGCUGUAAUGGGUAAUUUUUCUAUUAUCUUUUUUAUGAUAUUUCUAAACAAGAAGAGGGUA